GGUUUCUAGCUGAUAAUCUGCACUUCGGUUCUCUCUCGCUGGUUCCGGGAGUCGAUCUAGGCAGUGCUGUUCGUGUGGACCGCUGCCGUCUCUAUGGUGGGCCGUUCCGCCCCCUUGUUGUCAGUCUCGAUGGUAUGAGGAGCUUGGACGAGCCGGGAUGGCGGAGGAAGCGGCUUGGCCCGGAGCUCUGAGCGGCCUUACCGGGAGGGAGGAGAAGGAGUGACUGUCAUAGGAGAUCAAAUUUGUGGAAAGCUUGUGCGAUGGGUGACCCAAUGGUGGAACCAGCUGCUUCUAAACUCUCCGGUCAGGUGGCCCUGCAGGGGAACGGCGGGAGCCCUCUCUGCGCCAUUGCAGAAGGUGUGGCGGAUAUGUCCCUGGUAAUAGACCCAGAUGUGGCGCAGAAGGCGUGUCAGGAUGUCCUGGAAAAGGUUAAGCUCAUGCACAGCUCCACGGAGAACCUGGAUCAAAUGGGGGACGGCGAAUGCGUUACCAAUGGGGACUCAAAGGCGGGAGAGCCCGGGGUCUCCGUCACCAGCUUCAGAAUCUCUGAGGAAGACGAGGUGGAUAUUAACUGCGUGAAGAACGCCCGGCGGAAACAGAAAAACUACGGCAAGCAGUCGUGGCUCCUGCGCCUUUUCGAGUGCAAGCUCUUCGACAUCUCCAUGGCAAUCUCGUACCUUUACAACUCGAAGGAACCCGGGGUGCAGGCGUACAUCGGCAACCGGCUUUUCUAUUUCAAAAACGAGGAAGUGGACUUUUACCUGCCUCAGCUGCUCAACAUGUACAUCCACAUGGACGAGGACGUGGGCGACGCCAUCAAACCCUACGUGGUUCACCGCUGCCGGCACAGCAUUAACUUCUCCCUGCAGUGCGCCUGGCUUCUCGGGGCCUAUUCCUCCGACAUGCACAUCUCCACCCAGCGCUACUCCCGGGGGACCAAGCUGCGCAAGGUCAUCCUCUCCGAUGAGCUAAAGCCAGCUCACAAGAAGCGCGAGCUGACCCCGCUCAGUUUGACACCGGACACUGGCUUGUCCCCAUCCAAACGGACGCAUCAACGGUCCAAGUCCGACGCCACCGCCAGUAUCAGUCUCAGCAGCAACCUUAAGAGGACGGCGAGCAAUCCCAAAGUAGAGAAUGACGACGAGGACCUCUCAUCCAGUUCGGAAAGUCUCGAUAGGCCGUUCACCUCCCCUGUCAGACUGGCCCCGGAGCGGGAGUUCAUCAAGUCUCUCAUGUCCAUCGGGAAGAGGCUUGCCACCCUGCCCACCAAGGAGCAGAAGACCCACCGGCUCAUCUCCGAACUCUCGCUGCUGAAUCACAAACUGCCGGCCCGCGUCUGGCUCCCCACGGCUGGCUUCGACCACCACGUCGUGCGAAUUCCUCACACGCAGGCCGUUGUUCUGAACUCCAAGGACAAGGCACCAUAUUUGAUCUACGUGGAGGUUCUUGUGUGCGAGAACUUCGAGACGUCAAUCGUUCCAGUUCGCAUUCCCGAGAACCGCAUUCGCAGCACGCGUUCGGUGGAGAAUCUUCCAGAGUGCGGCAUCACGCACGAGCAGAGAGCCAGCAGCUUCACAACUGUGCCCAAUUACGACAACGACGAGGAGGCCUGGUCGGUGGAUGAUAUCUGUGAGCUGCAGGUGGAGCUGCCCGAAAUUCACACCAACAGCUGCGAUAACAUCUCCCAGUUCUCCGUGGACAGUAUCACCAGCCAGGAGAGCAAAGAGCCUGUAUUCAUCGCGGCUGGGGACAUCCGGCGGCGCCUGUCGGAGCAGCUGGCCCACACCCCUACCACCUUUCGCAGAGAUCCUGAGGACCCAUCCGCUGUAGCACUAAAGGAGCCCUGGGAGGAGAAAGUCAGGAGGAUACGGGAGGGCUCCCCCUACGGCCACUUCCCUAACUGGAGAUUGCUCUCCGUCAUCGUGAAAUGUGGCGACGACCUGAGACAGGAGCUGCUGGCCUUUCAGGUCCUCAAACAGCUGCAGUCCAUAUGGGAGACGGAACGCGUACCGCUAUGGAUACGACCAUACAAGAUCCUGGUGAUCUCGGCGGACAGUGGUAUGAUUGAGCCGGUGGUCAAUGCCGUGUCCAUCCAUCAGGUGAAGAAGCAGUCCCAGCUGUCUCUCCUGGACUAUUUCCUCCAGGAACACGGCAGCUACACUACCGAAGCCUUCCUGACCGCACAACGGAACUUUGUACAGAGCUGUGCCGGGUAUUGCCUGGUCUGCUACCUGCUGCAAGUCAAAGACAGGCACAAUGGAAACAUCCUAUUGGACGCCGAGGGUCACAUCAUACACAUCGAUUUCGGUUUCAUCCUGUCCAGCUCCCCUCGGAAUCUGGGCUUCGAGACCUCCGCCUUCAAACUGACGUCAGAGUUUGUGGACGUGAUGGGGGGACUGAAUGGAGACAUGUUCAAUUAUUACAAGAUGCUGAUGCUGCAGGGGCUGAUCGCUGCCCGCAAACACAUGGACCGCGUGGUGCAGGUUGUGGAGAUCAUGCAGCAGGGUUCCCAGCUUCCCUGCUUCCACGGCUCCAGCACUAUCCGUAACCUGAAAGAACGCUUCCACAUGAACAUGACGGAGGAGCAGCUGCAGCUCCUGGUGGAGCAGAUGGUGGACGGCAGCAUGAGGUCCAUAACCACCAAACUCUACGAUGGUUUCCAGUACCUGACCAAUGGCAUCAUGUGAAAGGGGGCGCAGAGGACGCGAUGCCCCCCUCCUCCGUUCCAGGACUCCUGACUUUUAUACUAGAGCCGCAGGGGGAGGA